AUGACGGGGUUGACUGAGGGCAUCGUCCCCAAACGACCACUUCUUCUUAUACUUCUGGUCAUCCUACAAACAAGUUAUGGUCACACACUUGAUACACCCGAGCUUUUCGGACGCAGCACCGACACUUGCUCUAACGCAUACAACCAAUGUGGCACUUCAUUCCCUAACAACUUCUGGUGUCCGACAUCAUCCACCUGCGUCGGCACAAGCGACAACACAACAGCCAUCUGCUGCCCGUCCGGCCAAAGUUGUGACUACAUCUCGCCCAUCGCCUGCGACAUCCAACAACAAAACGCCACUACAUACCCCAGGAGUACCGUCAAGACAACCAAACUAGACAGCAAACUCAAGACAUGCGCCGACUCCUGCUGCCCAGUCGGCUACUCCUGCGUCUCAGACAAAGUCUGCGUCGCCGAUAAAUCAACCACAACCGCCUCCCCAUCCACCUCAACCGGCUCAACAGGCGCAACAUUCACCAUCGUGCCGUCCCCCGCGGCAUCAACAAGCUGUGACUCCUUCCCACCAAAUGCAAUCAUAGCGGGCUUCUUCCCGGGCGCCAUCUUCGGCGCCGUCCUAGCCCUGCUAAUAACAACCUGCCUCCGACGCCGCGCCCACAAAAAGAGCCAAACCCAAGACCAAAAAUUCGUCCCCCACUGGUCCCAACGCACAUCAAGCGGCGCAGUAAUGGGAAUAUCCAGCCCCAUGGCCUCAGAAGACGCCUCCUACCGAACAGACUUCCUCCUCCGCCCCUCAGCGCGAAACUCAGUCGGUGGCCGAUCAACACGAUCCCGCCUAACCCGCACAGGAAGUCGAGUCCGCAGCCUCUUCAAUCCCACGAGUACAAGACCAGACAAAGAAAAGGACGUCCCGCCUCUACCUAGUUUGCCUAAUCCCGUUUCGGCGCCAGUCACUCCACCGCGACAGCGUCAGCCUAGCACCGAGAGUAUCAAGAUCUACUCGCCACCCGGGGCAUUUGCGCAGUCGAGAAAGUUCUUGGGUCCGGAGCCGUAUCCCAGUACGGUUGCGAGGCCGGAUACGACUUUCUCAGAUCUGAUGAAGAACGUAGGAUUUAGUGAUGGCAAGGGGAAUCCGUCGUAUAAGGUUUCGGAGGAGAAGUAG